GAGAGCCUCAUUCGCCCUGACUCACUUCCGGAACCCCCUUUCCGGUUCUUUCCGUCAAACAUGGCGCCGAUCCGUCAGAAGAAGUUUACUGUUCCCAAGAAGAGUAAAAAGGGUCCUGGGUGGAAGUUCACCCUGGACCUGACCCACCCUGUGGAGGAUGGCAUCAUGGACUCUGCCAACUUUGAGAUAUUCCUUAAAGAGAGGAUAAAGGUCAACGGGAAAACCGGUAACCUUGCCAACGUCGUGUCGGUCAGUUGCAUGAAGAACAAAAUCGACGUCACAUCAGAGAAGCAGUUCUCUAAAAGGUAUCUAAAAUACCUGACAAAGAAGUACCUGAAGAAGAACAAUCUCCGUGACUGGCUGAGAGUGGUGGCGUCCAACAAGAAGACCUACGAGCUGCGCUACUUCCAGAUUAGCCAGGAUGAUGAAGAGUCUGAUGCAGACGAGUAGACUUGUUGUGUGGAACAUUGCACAAUAAAUUUGCAGCUAAACAACUCCCA